GUGCCGGGCGCGCCCGCACCCACGGGCCGUCGGGUGCCGCGGCGGCCCAUGAGCUGGUACCUCGGCCCGGACGGCCAGCAGAUCUGGAGCCGCGUGGCUCCGGGCCAGCGGGUUCCUCGAGACGAGACCGUCUACACUAUCGUGGAGGGGGCAGGAGCGCUGCCGCUGGAGAACCUGUCGUACCUGACCUCGUCCUCAAAGAAGGCAGUCUUCCACGAGUGCAUCGUGGACGACGACCUCAACUCUGGCAAGUCCAACCGCCAGCGCGAGAAGCUGAAGGGCAGGCAGCGGGGCUUCAUCCUGCGGGCGGACACGGACGAGUCGCCCCUGGGGCGCGUAGUCCCGUGGUUCAAGGCGGCGGCCCAGCAUCUGCUCGACGGGGACGUGGUGUCGCGGGUCG